AUGGCCCCUAAAAAUAUGCCACAGCACAUGAAGGCAGCAACAAUAUCAGAGUACGGCAAGCCGUACUGCAUCACCUCAAAGCCCGUCCCAACCAUCAGACCACAUGAGCUCCUCGUCCGGAUCCACGCAGCAGGCUUCUGCCACUCGGACCUGCAGGCACUGCAGGGCCAAUUCAGAUCUCCGCUGGGCAUGACUCCUUCGCACGAACCAGCCGGAGUAAUCGUGCAAGUCGGGGAGCGAGCCUUGGGGAGCUGGCAGGUCGGGGACAGGGUGGGAGUUCUCAACUUCAAAAACGCCUGCGGCACUUGCAGUGGCUGUGGCCUCUCAAAACGGACACUGCAAGAACCUGGUCAGGGAGGGUUGGAUCCUAGGUUUUGCGACAAACGCGAGACUGCAGGCUUCCAGCACGACGGCGCCUUUGCGGAAUACAUGGUCGCAGACCCGGCCACCACCGUCAAAUUGCCCGACGCGCUGUCGCUAGAGCAGGCGGCGCCGCUGAUGUGCGCGGGCGCAACGGUGUGGGGGUCUCUGGAGAAGGUGACGAGCCAUCUGACCAGGGGCGACGUUGUGGGUGUCGUGGGCAUCGGAGGGCUCGGGCACCUGGGUGUGCAGUUCGCGGCCGCCAAGGGGUUUCGCGUCGUCGCUGUGGACGGCAGGGCUGCGGGACGGCAGCUUGCAAUGGAGGUCCCGGAUACGUUGAAACCAUUCCUCGUGGUGGAUUCGUCCACGCCCGAAGAGGCCGAGGCGCAGAUCCUGCAAUUGAGUGACGGCGAGGGUUUGGCUGCGGCGAUUGUGUGCACCGAUUCGUUGCCUGCAAACGCGUGGGGGCUCAAAAUGCUCAGGAUCGGGGGAUUCCUGGGCGUGCUUGGCCUACCCCCAGAGGAAUGGAGGUUCGACUCGAGCGCAUUGGUCUUUCGAGAGUUGACGGUGCGGGGUAGUUAUGUCGCGAGCAAGGCGUCGACCCAAAGGAUGAUAGAUCUAGUCGAGAGUGCGGGCGUGCGUUCUCAUGUAACUGCCGUGUCAUUUGACAAGAUCCCUGACAUUGUAGACAUGUACCAGACGAGUUCCAUGAAGGGGAGGUUGGUGGUGAAGGUGGUGGAAGAAUGA